AUGGCACUGAGUAAGGUAGGCAGGUUGAUGUCUCACAAGAUCCUUCCCAGCAGCAACUUUGAUGGAGCAGCAGCUGUGAUUCAAACAGAGACGAUUGUGUUGGCAGCAGUAGGAGGUCAAGCCUGUCUGACCUGUCAGCUCACGGAAUAUAAAGAGGUCGUCCAAUUCACGUGGCAGAAGAUCCUCCCUGAUGGAGAGAAGAACCUCGCCACGUACGCCAAAGCGUUUGGUCAAAGAGUGAGUCCUGAUGUGAAGAAGAAAAUGGAUUUCCAUUGCAAAAAGCUGCAGAACUGCUCGGUGGUGAUCAGGAAGGUGACGGAGCAGGAUGAAGGCUGCUAUCGCUGUUUGUUUAACACCUAUCCUCAAGGAGCUAUGAUCGGCACAACCUGCCUCAGACUUUACGAGCUGCAUGAACCCGUCCUUCAGGCCAGAGGAUCAAAGUCUCCUGAAGAGUCACUUGUGUCGUGUUCAGCCACAGGUCGACCUGCUCCCACUGUAACUCUGACUGCUCCACAACAACACCUCCACUUGUCACAACACAACACCGUCACAGUCACCAACACCAACAAUACAGUCACCGUCACCACCACAGCUGUGCUGUCAGGUCUCCAUGACGACGGCGCACAGGUUGGAUGUGCAGCCAGAGUGGACUCUGGUCCUCAGGUGGAGGUGGUGAAGAGGAUCGCUGAGUUCAGACAGACGACGGCUGAUGAUGGUGAGGAACUGUUUCCAAGACUCAGAUUCACUGAUCUGAAAUCACGUUGUCAUGUUUAA